AUAAACUAGAGGUAUCCUAGUUUAGAUGUAUACAGGGUAUAUGAUUGGCCGCCUACCUCCCCUACGAUACUUACCAUUUCGGAGGUAGCAAAAAUGUACCUACCUAUAUAGACGCUGUGCCGCAAUCUAAGCCCCCAAUUUCCAUUCCAGAUCAAUAACUGACUUGAUCUCCUCCAUCAGGAACCCCUGCCCCUCCGACUUAAAACUAAUAAAAUACCGUCGAACGGCGCUCCAAUCUAAAACUCAUUCGAUCCCGUCAAAAGGCGUUCAAGGCCGUUCAACUCAAAGAGGCUUACAUUUAUUUCUCUUGCUUUUUUAUUCCUCUCAUAUUCUCCGCUUCUCCGCUUCUCCAAUUCUGUUUUAGCUGGACACCCAAAAAUAAUUGCUUAAUACCCCUUUCACAAGACGAGUCUGCUCGGACAACUCGAUUUUGUACAUAUUGUUAAUCUCGGCAUAUCCGCCACUCCGUUCCUUUCUAGCUACCUAGUGACGCACGGCCUUUCAUACAUAUUGAACCGCUCAAGUUCAGCCCUUACUAGCUUAAUCGCUACCGAAUCUAAGCUUGUUCGAAUACAUCACAUCACCGUUGACAAAGGAGUGUUUCUCAUUUAUCAAGGUCUGCUGUACUGGCUUUUAAGCCGCUCUCUUGGCACGAGCUCUGCCAUGAGAAAAGGAGCACUUCAGUUUCGCUCCGGGUUGAUUGAAAAACUAGAGAUAUGAUGAGCGCAAACAAUGCCACACGGGCUGGAGAGCCAGCCGUGUCAUCAUCCGAUGUUUCUCAGCAACGGCAGAGGAGGUUUCGUACCAGCAAACCGAAGGUCAAGACGGGUUGUAAUAAUUGCAAACAACGACGUAUAAAAUGCGACGAGCUGCGACCGGCAUGUACUCACUGCGUUCGGUCCAAGAGGGUCUGCAACGGUUAUCCACCUCCCCCGCGAGCCAAGGUCUUUGAAGAGAUCCGGAUCGCACCUAAGCCGGGUAGUGGUGGAAAUUCAAUCCCGAUCUCGCCGGCGAAUGAUGCCAUCCGGCCACUUCGGUCACAGCCUCCGGCACGCCGCCAGGUAGUUGCGCGGCCAAUCUCUCAGAGAGAACCUAUGAACCGCCUUACUCCCCCCCAAACACCGAUAGAAAGCUCGUUGAUGGUUUAUCGGCCGUCUAUGCUGCCGUUCGAUCCGAGGGAAGGCCAAUAUUUUCAACUCUUCAGAGAACGCACAGCCAAUGAGCUAUCGGGGUUCUUUGACUCUUCCUUCUGGACUCGAAGUGUCUUACAGGAGUGCCAUUCGGAGGAAGCGAUUCGGCAUUCGGUAGUCGCUUUAGGGGCGCUCUAUAAGACCUUGGAGAAGAUGUCAGAAUCGCCACCGAGUUCACCAGCUGCUGUCACCGACGUAACAGAUAAUGCCGCCCGGCAUGGAGAAGUUGCCUUUAAACAUUAUUCAUUAGCGCUGAAUUCUAUCAUAAACUCUACUUCGCCGGAUCAGGCAUCGCAGAGGAUGAGUCUCAUGGCAACAGUAUUGCUGGCUUGUUUUGACUCCUUUAUUGGCGACCAUAAGCAUGCGAUUGUGCAAAUCCAAAGCGGCCUCCGGCUUUUAGAGACGUUACGAGCUCAUCGUAGGAAUUCUUUCCUCCCUAAACCCGAAGAACCGGUUGAACAGGACCUUGUCCAAAUGUUUACCCGCCUCGCUAUUCAAGCAAAGUCAUAUGACAUGGCUUUUCACUUCCCACAACCAUUCGUCAUACGUCUUACCCCUCAAAAUAACGAAAACUCACCAUCUCCCUCUUCCGAUGGGGGGUCGCCAGCUUCAACGACCGAAUCACAGAUACCGGAGCAAUUCCACACACUUAUAGAAGCGAGACUCGCGUGGGAUACUCUUUGCGACCGCAUGAUGCGAUUUACAGAAAAUAUGUUUACAUAUACGACCGCGAUGAGUCCAAUGGGUGUACUUCCACAUUCAUUAAAGCAGUAUGGUACAGGCUUCGCUGAGAAAUUAGCCGCCUGGUCAAGAGCUUUCGAACCGAUAUUGGCAUCUCGUUCAACCCCUGCGAAAAGCAGCCAGGAGAAAACCGCGAUUGCGGUGCUUAAAAUGAACCAGAUCAUGGGCGAGAUCUUAUUUUACAUGACUUUUAGUGAUACCGAGCUUCAAUUCGACGCCCAUCUGCCGCAAUUCAAAAACAUCGUUAACUUGGCCAUGGAGGUCGUCGGAGACGAGGAACGUAGGGCCGCCGCGAAACGAUGUCCGAACCCACUAUUUUGCCACCACCAACCCACACACCCCGACAUAUUUGGCGGCCAGUAUUCAGCCAAACAUAUAAAACCUAGCUUUAGCGCAGACCUAGGAAUUGUCCCCCCGCUCUUUGUCGCCGCUACGAAAUGUCGAGACCCUACAACUCGGCGCCAAGCCAUCCAACUGUUGCGGAGUAGCUCACGAAGAGAGGGUAUGUGGGACAGCGAGCUUGCAGCUCGCAUAGGCAUGUGGAUUAUGGACAUAGAGGAGGAGGAAGAUAGUACCGACGACUUCGGGCGUCCCACAACAAGCUCGACAGACAUGGGUAGACUAUCUGUGGAUAGCCCCGGUAAUCGAUCUGCUAGUUCUCCUUUCAGUGACGAUGUCCCACUUGGCCCUGGCGGAAAUGCUCGCUGGGGCAGCCGAAGGGACAGCACCGCAACUUCGACAUACGGAAAGAGAACUAUACCGGAGGAGAAGCGGGUUAUGGUACGGUCUGUCGAAUUCGACCUCCGUGAACGUAUCGCAACGCUUUCAUGUGGCACGCGAGGGUUGAUACCCGGCAUGCUCGAUCCACGAACGCGCAACACUACGAUCCGAUGGUGAAACCUCUCAUAAUCGCUUCUGUUCAUAAUGGUAAUUAAAAGCUGGUCUACUUGAUGUACUCUGCGUCAUCCACCAUACCCUUGAAGGGUUAUUCUUCAUCUCGACCCGAGUAUUCUUUUAUUUAUAGGCAGGGCCCAUUUCUUUCUUGGAAAUUUGCGAGCGGAACUUGGCUACGAAGGAAAAGCGUGACGACAUAAUGUUGGAAUGGUUUUGGUAGGCAACAAAAACAUAUGAUAAUGUCUCGAAUAUUUUACUUAUAUCGAUGUUGUUACGAUGGCGUGGACCCUAGCUUAGGUACCCACUAGGUAGGUAGGCAAUGGAAGACUCUUCUGUUAGAUCUUAUUACCUACGGAUAUAUGAUACCAUCCAGAAAAACAGAGCUGUGAGUAUCUGGCAAGAUACGGAAACUUCUGACCUGCUUGAAGUAAUGAGAAUUGGUGCACUCUUCGCUUAUCUUUUCUUUCCUUGCCCCGCUCUCCUUGCCCCGGUAAUCUCCCUGUCUAUCCUUUUCCUAGCAUAUUUUGAUGUUUAGGUAGAUACGUUGUAUCAGGGCUCGACGAUAUGGAAUCAGAAUUAUGAAGUGAUGCCA